AUGCCUUCUACGCUUGCAGAUGUGCCCGCGUACAAAGCCUAUCUUGACCGUGUGCCCGCUGGAACCCUGUCGCUACCUCUGAUUAAGGAGGGAGAGAAUGAGGAGACUAUCAUUCACGUUGAUGAGCUGUUCUGUCGUGUGGAAGACUGUAUUCGUGGAAAAAAAGCAUUUCCUGGGACCAAUGACCUGCGUUACCAUGUGAAACACUAUCAUAAUGUUAAUGUUGCGCGUCCUGGAACCGGACGGCCAAAACCAGAGGCAGUGAAGGCAGCAGUUAGUAAGUAUAUUCUAAGUACUUCACAGGCACUUUGCAGGCACUUACAAAGGAUAACAGAGUUUUUCAAGAAUAUUAUUGAAGGCCCUCCUUCUGAGCCUGCCCCCAGCCCUUCAGAGUCCACUUCUCCUGAGCCUACCACACCCCCUGGCCAUACCAAGCCGCCAUUCCCUCUCACGAAGAAAGGCACUGUAAGUACAUUCAAAGCGCUUGUUUUAUACCUUUUUGAUGUCUGA